CCUUUUUACUUUCCAGCUGUUUUUCCUCACAGUAAAGUCUGCCAGCCCCAAACCAAGUGUUUAUUACUGUUUUAAUUUAAAUUAAAGUUAGUUUUUAUUGUACUAAAAGCUGAAACAAACAGAUUUUUAUUGUUGGUUAAUUUCUUGAAUAUUUCUUCCUUCAUCAGUUAAUUUAAUUUUAAAAAAGGAUAAACUUACAGCAGACAAAUGCAGCCGAUUUUAUGUUAAAUCACGUAUUUCAUUGUUUUUUAAUUAAUUACUCAAACAAAAACUCCAAAAAUUGUUGAUUCAUUAAGUUGUUACUCGUCUGUUAAUCAACAAGUGUUCACCAAUAUUAGAAAAACUUCUCCCUAAUUUGAACAUUAUAAAAAGAUAGAAGGAUCCUGUGCUGAUAUCUGAAUCUAAACUGGUUAAUUAGUUGAUAGAAUAUCAAAUAAAGCAGCAACAGCUUCGAGAUUGUAUUCAUUGAAAUAGUUUUUUAAUCUCAAAGUGCUGUCUUCAUAUUCAUAAAUGUGAUGCUUUGCUUUUUUCUGUAUGAUGUCCAUAAUAGAGCAUUUUGGACUCAAAGUUCACUUAUACUUUUGGUUUUAAUGUGCUUUAACACUGUGUUCUUUCAUUUUAGAGUGUAUGACUAAGAAAAUAAAGGUCAUGUUAAGCAGCAUUUAAAAUAACUACCAGCUGUUCCUCAGACCUAGAAGGCUGGUCUCUCAGCCCAGUGUAUCAUAAAACACACCGACUCCUGUGUUCCUGAAUGUAACUCCUGUGUUUGAGGAUUUUAAGUGAGUUAUUAUACAUUUUGUAAUUCUCCUACAUGAUGUUAAAUUCCUUCUUUAAAACUAGUUUCAGUUUCAUUUUACAGUAACUGCUGCUACCCUCUUAUGGUAAACCAUACCCCUCAUAAACCUUGUGUUGAAUCUAUGACUCAUAUAAGAUACAUGAUAAACGUCUGUGAGCUUUGUGUUCUUUUGACAGGACUGGGUGUGGUGUCGUCUGGAAGGUUCAUAGUUUCUGGGCGUCAUAGACAGUGGCAGGACGUACUAGAAUCAUCAUCUGUUAAUGUUUAUGCAUGGUAAUACCAGGUCUAAAUGGUUACUAACAUGUAGCUUGUGGUAGAUUUGUCCCCACAGAUUCAAAGCAGGUUUGAAGUCCGUGACAUGGUUGUUGUCAAAUAAGUUAGCAUGCAGAGUAAACUCCACCUGAUGCUGUGCUGUUACUGGACACACUGCAGGAAGAGGCAGUGGAAAUACCCAGCCUUAGGGUAUUCAUGGUGCACGGAUAAACAUUUCGCUGAUGCCAGGUUUGCAUGAUGCUAGCUUUUUUACACGCUGGUGUGAACAGUACUGUCUGUUUUCAUUCUUGUUUCCGGAGGUUGGUCUCUGGCAUGCAGGCUUCAAAAAGGUCCAGCUGUGAUUAGUUAGGAACCUAGUCUGGCAUGUCACAUCCAAGAUGUGGUAAAGAAUAAUGUUGCUUUUUUAACCGACAACUGAGUACGGAAGAGAUGGUUUUACCUUGCUGACAUGUUUCGACCGCAUCUGCAUUCUUCCUCAGUCUGAUGGCGUGUUGAUGGCGUGUUGAUGAUGUGUGAUGGCAUGUUGAUGAUGUGUGAUGGCGUGUUGAUGAUGUGUGAUGGCGUGUUGAUGAUGUGUGAUGGCGUGUUGAUGAUGUGUGAUGGCGUGUUGAUGCAGUUUUUCCAGUGUAUGUUUUAUCGCAUGAUUUACAUGGAGUUUCAUAUAUGAUGUUGCAUUUUUUGUCUUUUGAAUCGACUAAUAGCUGCUGGAGUUUUCUAUGUGGUUUUACUGCUGUGUUGAUGUUGUGUUUUCUCAUUAUGGGAUGUAUGGGUUCUGUUGUCCCUCAGAUAUAUGGAAUGCUGAUUAUGUCUUUAUUUUUAUGGUCCUUAAAAAAAGGAGACAUCAUCACACGUCAUCAACACGUCCUCUGACGCUCUGAAGAAGACUGCAGAUGCAGUUGAAACACGUCAGCAAGAUAAAACCAUCCUUUCCUUAUUGAGUUGUCGAAAUAAAAGUAAUGCUAUUCUAAAGUAAGAAACGACAAAAUGAACAUAAUCCAUCUAAAGAUGUGUGGUGCUGUAAUCACCUGAUCUGACACGCUGAGCAUCUUAUUCUGAACCUUACCAUCCUCUUGUGAAGAUUUAUUGGGACAUUUUCCAAUGACUGGUUUGUGUGGUUUGUUCUAAUUGAAUUUCUUAUUUGGAAUGACACUAAAUCAAAGUGUCACCGGUGCAUCCAUCCAUCUGCUAAUCUUUGUCUUUUUACAGGAAGUUGCUUGUUUGUCCCUACAGCUUUUUCAGGUUAUGAAACCUGUCAUGAGUGAAGCUGUUGGGUUGAAACUGACACAAACAUGGUUAUCGAGGAAGAGCUGAAGGAUGUCCCCUCAGAGGACGUCCCUCCUCUCACCCCGCUGGCUGUGCAGCUGAAGACCGAGCAGGAGGAGAAGGUAGUGAACCAGCUGGGCAUAAUGAUCCGUAUUGUUGGAGACAAAGUCAAGGACGACAAGGAGUUCCAAGAUGCGAUAGACGGGAUGGCCUGUGGCCCCGGCUCCAAGUGGGACAGAUUCAAGAAAGUUACAGACAAAGUGUUUGAACACGGGAUCACCUGGGAAAACAUUGCUGUGCUCUUCUAUGUUGCCGGCAAACUGGCUCUCAAGAUGGUGGAGGCUCAUCUCCCCCAGUCAGUGAGGGAUGUCCUGAUGUGGACAGUGGACUUCUUCAGAAAUAAUCUGCUCGGCUGGAUUCGGGACCAUGGAGGAUGGAUCAACAGCUUCUCAGAUCUGGCGGUGGCUUCAGUUCAGCACGUCUCCUCCUUCAGCUCUCAGAGCUAUGGCCUGAUCAUCAUCUUCAUCUCCGGCUUGGCUUUAGGAAGCUUCAUUACCUGGAGGUUUACCAAAUAACCCUGAGGCUGACACACACACACACACACACACACACACACACACACACACACACACACACACACACACACACACUCACACUCCAGACAUGGAUCACUUGUAGCUGACUAGAAAUCAUUUGUUUUUCAUCCUAUCGUUGAUGACAGCGUGCCUACCAAAGGCAGCAUGUUGACUUUUAAUGGUUUACAUGAAUCCAGGGAGUUUUAGGAACGUUUUCCACUCAGAUGCUCUAUUUUACUACCUUCCAUAAUGUCAUCUAUGCAAACUAGAAAUGUUAACUGUAAUAUACAGUCUGUAUACUGCGCUGCCCUCAGAUGGAGGAAGCACAAGACAGAACCUCCAGAAAUGUCCCUAUGAGCUGUAUGAAGGCCUCUGGUUUCAGUGCAGUGAGCAGAUAGCAGCACUAAAGCUCUCAGCUUAAUGCAUCACCGCAGGGAUUCCUUCAUUUGAUCGGUUUUCGUUUCUCAAUCGUGGCGUGAACCAGUCGAUCCGGUGUCAUCGUGCUUCUGCUCUGUGGCUGAGGGAGACCUCCAGAGGGACUGAAAAGUCUUCUCAUAUGUGAUACCGUCGAUAGAUCAGUACCACCAGCAAGACAGCAUUCAUUCUGAAACCUGAUGUAGAAUUAGCUUUGUUUUUAGAAUGAAAAAUACUGAACCUCUAAGUGUUUGUUUGUUUAACCCUCCUGUUGUCUUCAUUUACGGGCACAAAAAAUAUUGUUUCCUUGUCUGAAAAAAAUCCAAAAAAAUUCCCCAAAUUUCUGAAAAUUUGCAAAACCUUCAGGAAGAAAUUCCUAUAAUUCCUGAAAAGUUUCCCUUGAAAGUUUUAUUUAAAAAAAAUAAAAAAUCCCCCAAAUUUGGCCAGAAAAUUCUUGUAAAUAUUUUCAAAAAAUGAAUAAAAAUCUUCCAAAAAAACCUAAAAAUAUCUGAAGUGAUUCCAUACAUAUCAGUAAAACUUCUAAUAUUUUCUUUAAGAACAUUCACAUAAAAAUCAACCAAAAUCCAGCGAAAUUCGCUGGAUUUUGGUUGAUUUUUUGUGAAUGUUCUUAAGAAACAUUUUUAGAAUUUCUUUUUUUCCACCAAAAAAUGUUCAAAAAUUUCCCAGAAAUGUUGAAAAUGUGGACAUCAGAAGUUUCACUGUGAAAAUAUUUUUUUUUUCACAUUUUCAAACUUUAAAACGAGUCAAUUUUACCCGCAGGGCGACACGAGGGUUGAACUUCUUGUUUAGACUAAAAGAGAAGCUGGAAGAGCUGCUAGUUCAUGGAGGAAAGAGGUGCUUAUUUAGUCAGUCUGACAACUAGCAGCACUCAUUUUUAUCAUUCAUUCAUUGCUACAGGACAUGAAGUUCAUGUGCUCAGAUGUGAGGUAGGCAGAAGUUAGCAUCAGAUUAGUGAUCAGCCACCAUUACUUCACACUUAGUGGCUCAUCAGUUUGUAAUGUUAAUUCAGUUGUCACAUACACGACCAGUCAAAAGUUUCAAUGUUUUUUUUUUAUUUUCUACAUUGCUGAUUAAUACUGAAGGCAUCAGAACUAUAAAGGAACAAAUCUGGAAUUAUGUUGUAAACAAAAACAGGUUAAUCUUCAGUAUUAAUCUACAAUGUAGAAAAUAAUACAGAUAAAUAAAAAGCACUGAAUGAGAAGGUGUGUCCAGACUUUUGACUGAUAGUCUACAUGAACUGAUAUGAAACCAAGCUAGCUGGAUUUCCACUGCGGUUCAUUUAUAUAACUGUGUUUAUGUUUUAUUGUGUAACAUUUUGCAUGUGCCGGCCAGUUUGAUUUCAAAGAAACUGCUUAUUUCUGUGAAUAAUGGUACUGUUCCUCUGUGGUCUGAGAAUCAGGUUCUAUGUAGCUGAAAUCCAGCUUGGCUACAUGUCAGAUUAUCUGAACUCUGAGUUAACAUUCCUAAACUGAUGAUCCGUUAUGUGUGGAUUUAUCACAUAAAAUCACUUCAUUCAGAACAGCAGAAAUUCAUGAUACACCCUGCAUUAAUUCAUGCAUUAAAUCAGAAGAAAUCAUGCAGUAAUUCAGCGUUUAUUUAGUUUUCUCUACUGUAAUGAAAAUGCACCAAACUGUACAUUUUAAAACAGAAUAAUUUACUGUGAGAGAGUCACAAGCAUAAAUUAGACGUACGUAAUUAUACUCUGAUAUCUGUACGUAGUUGAACAUUUUCUACAAAUGAAAUUCUCCAGUCAAUAAAGAUUUUUCAUAUGAAAAAGUAAUAAACAAAGGAUAGAUUUCUAUCUUUGAACUCGUUGCUGCCAGUAAAAUGUCAUGUUUUACUGUCCCUCCUACAAACACAUACUGCCAUGAAACUAGAGGCUAGAACCUGCAGAUUUUAAAGCUGCGCGGUAAUUUGCUUUGCUGCCUUUAUUUUGUUUAAAACCACGGUAGUUUUUGAAUAAUGAUGUCCUUGAAAUUUUAAAACUAUGCUAUCUAAAUGUGUUGCACUGUUUUACUGUCAUAGGUAUUACAGCUUAUUUGCACAAGCAAUAAAUCAUUGGUUUAUUUAUGACCAUUAUAUUUUUAUGAGACAUAUCAGGCUGGUUUUUAAGUCUGAAGUUUUCUAGGUUCACCGGAGUGUUGGAAAAUAUAAACAUAAUAUGAUAAAAUCUGUCAGCAUAAACUCCAUCAGCUUCAUAAACAUCAGCAGGUUGCUUAGCUGGACUCCUGGAGGACAGUGUUUAGUUCCUAAGAUCUUUAAAAACCAGCUUCUUUUACUUGUAGUUUUUAGCCAACAGUAACCAGGAUGGAGCCAAAGACAUUUUACACAGACGAUGAAGUCCAAACAACUAAAUCUGUACUUCUGAGUUUCUGCAUUAAGCCGCUAUUGAGUCAAAGACAUGAAUGAAACAUGAGUCAGCUCUGUCUUUGGACCCGACUAAAAGGAACCAAGUUUAUUGUUUACAUGAUCUUUCAGAGGUGAGAUCACUGCAGUGCAUGUGACUGAAGCUGAAGAUGUCCACCUCAGGUCUUCUCUGUGGAACAGCACUGCUCUUGUGAAAAGUAUGUGAGUUACCAAUGUGCCACUGCUAGUUAAUUGUGUGUUUUGGGGAAUAUUUAUUGAAGAAGUUGCUUUCUGUGCUAAGUUUUCACUGUCAGGACAUAGUAGUAAAACUGUAUUUGAUUGGAGCAAACAAGAUGAAGGAGUUUAAACUGUUUAGUUGAUUGCAUGUAAACAUGGAUCUUUGGUCCUCUGAUCUUUGUUAAAUUUUUCUUAAAGCUGUUGAAUAUAAAAAGAAUAAACAUUCUUUUCAUUGUUAUGCA